AUGGAACUUGAUCAUCAUCUAUUUGUUGACGUUGAAUUUAUAUUCCGAGAUAAACUCCUUUACGAAAAAAAUGAUGAAUGGAUAAAAGAGAUUGGUCAAAUGAUGAACGAUUUUCCUGGUUCACCUAUAUUCACUGUUUUACAUUUGUCUGAUAUUCAUGUUGAUUUUCCUUAUACACCUGAAUCACAAGGUGAUUGUCCUCAACCUUUAUUUUGUCGAUGUGAUCAACAAACUUCAGGUCAUACAGGUGCCGGUUUCUGUCCAGGUUGUCGUGUUUAUAAAAUAGAUGGUCAUUAUCCAGAAAGUUCAUAUUGGGUACUUGAUCAUCGUGCAGUAAUUAUGAAUUUAACAACAACAAAUAUGUAUAAAAGAAGAAUUUUUAUUGAUGAAUAUAAGGGUUGA